AUGUCGGUUCUUCCAGAUCUUCACCUGCAUUAUGUACAGGCCUGUCAAAAUUUGAGCCGGCCUGAAAACCCCUUCAUUGCUCGUGUGCUUCAAGAAGCUGAUAAAAAUAAGGAAAUAAGUACAAAAGGACUCACAUUAAAAUUGGCUGGAAAUAAUCAUCUGGUGCCUGUGCCAAGAGUUACAGAUGAUGAUCUUAGAGUUCUUGUCUCUGGCUUAGGCCAAGCUGCCUUUGUCACAGGUUUGGAUCUUGCCUAUAAUUUAUUGACUGAUGCUGGAGCAAAGACCAUGGCAACAUUCCUCCAGGAAAACUCCACUCUGCGGUACCUGAACCUGAUGUUCAAUGACAUUGGCACAAGUGGGGCAGAGCUGAUAGCAGGAGCACUCCAUAACAAUCAAAGUCUUGUGCACCUGAGAAUGACUGGAAACAAAAUAGGAAACCAAGGUGGGAUGUUCUUUGCUUCAACGCUAAAAAUUAACUCAACUUUAGAGAAGUUGGAUCUUGGAGACUGUGAUGUGGGCCUGCAGUGUUUGGUAGCAACAGCCAUAGCCCUGACUCAGAACAAAUCACUCAAAGCCAUAAACCUAAAUCGUCCUCUGCUAUCCAACCGACAGGAAGAGGCCACAGUUCACAUAGCUCGGAUGCUGAGGAGUAAUUCUUCUCUUGUGGAGCUACACUUGGGCAAGCAUGAAAUGAAAAACUUUGGUGUAGAGCGACUGUGUGAGGCCCUGUAUAAAAACUCCAGCCUGAGAUACCUUGACCUUAGCUGUAAUAACAUAAUCUGUGAUGGUGUGAAAUUUUUGGGAGAGUUACUAAAAAGGAACCAAACCCUGGAGAUCCUGGAUCUUAAUGCAAACCGAAUAGAAGAUGCUGGAGCCAUUUACUUGAGUGAGGCCUUGGCAACGUGGAACAGGAGUUUGCAGGUGUUGUCCAUUGUAAGCAACAAUAUAACUGGCAAAGGACUUGUAGCUCUUGCACAAGCAAUGCAAUCCAAUGUGAAACUUUCCCAUAUUUACAUCUGGGGGAACAAACUUGACAGAAGCACCUGUAUGGCAUUCUCGGAGCUGAUUGGGAUGGGUCGCCUGAAGCUGGGCUGCACAGAUGUGAUUCCCUACAGGGUGGAUGGGGAGCUUUUCCUGGCAGAGCUGUCCCACGGGCUGGGCAAGCACCGGUACUGGGCCCCGUGCUGCGCCGCCACGGCCCCCGGCGAUGCCAACGCCAGCCUGGAAAUCGUCAGUGUCUCAGAGUAUUUGUGA